CUAGAAAAUAAUAAAUUAUAUUGUGAUCCACAUUUCCCAGCUAAUGACAGAGUUUUAUUUUUUAAUGGCUAUAAUAAUGAUAUGGUUAUAAAAUGGAUCAGACCACAGGUUUAUGGUACAGAACCUGAAAUGAUGAUAGAUGGUGUAACAAGAGAUGAUAUAAGACAAGGUAUAUUAGGAGAUUGUUGGUUUUUAUCAUCUUGUGCUGCUGUUUCACAACAAGAACGAUUCAUGAAAAAGAUAUUACCUAAAGAUCAACCAUUAUGUGGUAGAGGGUAUCAUGGUGUGGUAUGUUUUAGAUUCUGGAGAUUUGGUGAAUGGGUAGAAGUAUAUAUAGAUGAUAGAUUACCUACUGUAGACAGAAAACUAAUCUAUGCACAUUGUACAGAACCUAAUGAGUUCUGGGUAGCUCUUAUAGAAAAAGCCUAUGCAAAGUUGAGAGGUUGUUAUCAAGCUCUAGAAGGAGGACAGACAAUGGAUGCUCUGGUUGAUUUGACUGGUGGUUUAGCUGAAAGAUAUAUGUUAGAAGAUUAUGAUCCCAAUAUGUUCAGAUUGAUUUUACGAGCUCACAAGACUGGUGCUUUUAUUGCUUGUUCUAGAAAGGGUGAUUGGAGAGAAAGUUUUAAGAAUGAUGCCACUGGUCUUGUUUCUGGUCAUGCUUAUACUAUAACUAGUGUUAUUAAAGUAAGUUUUUACUAUAUUUUAAUUAAACAUCAGAUGGGUGAAGAGAAAUUAUUACGUAUUAGAAAUCCAUGGGGAGAUGAAAGAGAGUGGAAAGGUUCUUGGAGUGACAAUGAUGUAAAUUGGAAAUGGGUAGAUAAAAAAACUAAAGGUAUAAUGCAGUUACAAUCUAAAGAUGAUGGUGAAUUUUGGAUGUCAUUUAAAGAUUUUUAUCGCCAUUUUCAAGAAGUAACAAUAUGUUUAACUGGUCCUGAUUUUGAUGGUGAUGGUGUUUCAGAUGUUGUUGGUAAUUAUUUCUGUCAUAUGGAGAUGAUAAAAGGUGAAUGGAUUAAAGAUAUAUCAGCUGGUGGAUCUAGAAAUAAUUUAGAUCUGUUUACAACUAAUCCACAGUAUUUAUUAUCAUUAUAUCAGCCUGAUGAUUUUAAUCUACAAACUGAUGAUCCUGAAUUAGAAGGAAUGUGUAGUGUAGUUAUCGCUUUGAUGCAAGAACAAAAACCAACCAGGGAGGAAGGUCAAAAUUCUCACCAACAAAUUGCCUUUGUUAUAUAUGAGGUAAGGAUUCGAAAUCCUAAGCAACGUUUAAAUAAACGACAUUUUCACAGUCAUCAUGAUAGUGGUAGAUCAGGUUUAUAUAUCAACUAUCGUGAAGUUAGUGGAAGAUUUGAAUUAUCACCUGGCCAUUAUAUUAUCAUACCAUCCAUGUUCCAACCUCAUAAAGAUGGUCAAUUUCUGAUCCGAGUCUUUGGUGAGAAAAACUUUAAAUUAACAGGGUGA